CUUCAGCUGUUUUUCAUUCCGAUUUCUGUUGAUUUCGCGACCAGUUUGCUUUAGUUUUAAUCCGUUGUUUUUAAUUUUAAAUAAACUUAAGUUCAGAAUGCUUCGUCGAUUGGUGGGAAAUAGCAAUUUGGGUCCCCGAUAUUCAGCCUCUUUAAAGGCCAUAGCGUGCUACUCAACGUCGGGAAAACAGCGAAAUGGCAAGAUCUACGAGUCGGCCAUCGACGCCGUAUCCGAUGUCCAGGAUGGCGCCAAGAUCCUUUUCGGAGGAUUCGGAAUCUGCGGUAUUCCGGAGAAGAUGAUUAACGCCCUCAAGCAGAAGGGAGUCAAGAACAUCACUGGUGUUUCCAAUAACGGAGGUGUGGAUGACACCGGACUUGGCGUUUUGAUCAAGCAGAAGCAGGUGGCCAAGGUGAUUGGCUCGUAUGUGGGUGAGAACACCGAGCUAGUUCGUCAAUAUCUAGAAGGAGAACUGGCCGUGGAACUCACUCCCCAGGGAACCUUGGCGGAGAAGAUCCGAGCUGGAGGAGCCGGCAUUCCCGCCUUCUACACGCCCACUGGCUAUGCCACCCUCGUCCAGGAAGGCGGUGCACCCAUUAAAUACUCCAAGGAUGGCAAAGUGGAGAUUGCCAGCGAGAAGAAACCAGUGAAGGAAUUCAAUGGAAGGAACUAUGUGAUGGAGGAGUCGAUAUUUGCGGACUUCGCUUUUGUCAAGGCCCAAAAGGCAGAUCCCUUGGGCAACCUGGUGUUCAACAAGGCGGCGAGAAACUUCAAUGCACCCAUGUGCAGGGCAGCCAAGAUCACCGUGGCCGAAGUGGAGGAGAUAGUGCCCAUUGGAGCGCUCUCCCCCGAUGAGAUCCACAUUCCCGGAAUCUAUGUCAACCGCAUCUUCAAGGGCACCAAUUACAACAAGCGAGUGGAGCGCUUGAGGAUCACGGAACCCAAGGAUCCCAGCAAACCCGUCCCGCCACCCAAUCCUGCCCAGGCGUUGCGGGAACGAAUUGCCCGACGAGUGGCUCUGGAGUUCCGCGACGGCAUGUACGCCAAUCUGGGCAUCGGCAUUCCCGUCCUCUCCUCCAACUACAUCCCGAAAGGCAUGAGCGUGAUGCUGCAGUCGGAGAAUGGCAUCCUGGGUCUGGGUCCCUUCCCCACCAAGGAUCAGGUGGAUCCGGACUUGAUCAAUGCCGGAAAGGAGAGUGUCACUGUGGUGCCUGGCGCCUCAUACUUCGGCUCUGACGACAGCUUCGCCAUGAUCCGAGGUGGUCACGUGGACAUGACCAUUCUGGGCGCCAUGGAGGUGUCGGCCACUGGAGAUCUGGCCAACUGGAUGAUUCCUGGCAAACUGGUUAAGGGCAUGGGUGGUGCCAUGGAUCUGGUGGCUGCUCCGGGUAGCAAGGUUAUCAUCACCAUGGAGCACAAUGCCCGCGAUGGCUCUCCCAAGAUCCUGGAGACCUGCUCCCUGCCCCUCACCGGCAAGGGUGUCAUCGAUCUGAUCAUCUCCGAGAAGGCUGUUUUCGAGGUGGAAAAGGGAGUGGGCUUGACUCUGAUCGAAGUGACCGAGGGUUACACCGUGGACGACAUCAUCGCCAGCACUGGCGCCAAGUUCACCGUGUCCCCCAAUGUCAAGCAGAUGGGCCAGAUUCCAGUCUGAUGAACCGCAUGCCGAUGGCCCGGAAACGUGCUGCAAUACCUCCACUUGAGUGAUAAACGAGUGCAUUUAUUUUUUGUUGAUCGUGUGACAAGAACAUUUCUGUUGUUAAAAUAUAUAGACCGUAUCGAA